CGGGUUUGAGUCCGUUACAGUCCAGAAUCUGCCGAACCGACCCGGACCCGGACCCGGACCGGACCGGAACCUGCACCGGAACCUGCACCGGAACCUGCACCUGAACCUGCAGGGGGAGGGGCCUGACGGGGGCGGUUCCGACCGGAACACGGAGGUUCGAGUCCCGGACCUGCUGCUGCUGGUACUGGGGGGUAGAGGGGGUUCUGGGGCCGGCCCGGUCCAGGUCCAGGUUCUGGUCCUGGUUCUGGUUCCGUCCUGGUGUCCCCGCAGGCUGCGCUGCACCUGAGAGGCAGAACUCAGGGUUAUGUAUAUUACCUGACAGUCUCAACCCAGGGUUCGGACUUUAAACGUCACCUGAGGCAGAACCUUCACCUGACAGUCUGAACUCAGGGUUCAGGAUUAACCUUCUCCUGAGAGACUAAACCCCGGGUUCAGAGGUUAAAGUCACCAGACUGAACCCGGGGCUCGGACAUCAACCUGCACCUGCCAGACUGAACCCGGGGCUCGGACAUCAAUCUUCACCUGCCAGACUGAACCCGGGGAUUCAGGCUUUUAACGUCACCUGACGGGCAGAACCCCGGGAUCAAAUACCGACCUCUGCCUGCCAGUCUGGACUGAGGGCUGGACAACAACAAGAGCAGCAUCAACAACAUCUGGAGGACACGGAGCUGCAGAGGACGGAGGACAGGUCCAACAUGCCUGCUCUGCGGUGGCCCCGCCCCCUGGUCCUGGUCCUGGUCCUGGUCCUGGUCCUGGUCCCCCCCGCCGCCCCGGCCCGGCCCGACAGGAACCCGGCCCUGGAGGAGUACGUGGACGCCACGGUGAACGCCACGGUGCUGGACGCCCGCGGCAACGCCGUCCACGCCAUGAGCAGCGAGGACGGGACGUACGGACAGCACUCGCCCAAGGUGGACGCCCGCGGGCUGGUGCUGGCGCCGGCGCCGCGGCCCGGAGGGCCGGACCGGCAGGGCUGCGACCCCACCACGCGGUUCCUGGCGCCGCCCCGCGGCGUCCACUGGGUGGCGCUGCUGCAGCGCGGGAACUGCACCUUCAGGGAGAAGAUCCUGAAGGCGGCGGCGUACAACGCCUCGGCGGUUCUGGUCUACAACAACUCCACCGACCAGACCGUCAAGAUGGGCCACGAAGGGACCGGGGACAUCGUGGCCGUCAUGAUCACCGAGGUCUACGGGAAGGAGAUCCUGGCCCAGCUGGACCGGAACCUGACGGUCCUGGUCCAGGUCCUGGUGGGGGGACGCGGGUCCAGCAGGAACCUGAACCGCGGGUCCCUGGUCUUCGUGUCCGUCUCCUUCAUCGUCCUGAUGGUCAUCUCGUCCUCCUGGCUCGUCUUCUACUUCCUGCAGAAGCUGAGAGGAGGAGGACGGGGGCGGGGCCAGCGUCGUCUCGGUGAUGCGGCUAAAAAAGCCAUCGGGAAACUGACGACGAGGACGGUGAAGAGAGGAGACAAGGAAACGGAUCCAGACUUCAACCACUGUGCCGUCUGUAUCGAGGCCUAUCAGCUCAACGACGUGGUCCGGAUCCUGCCCUGCAAACACGUGUUCCAUAAGGCGUGUGUGGAUCCCUGGCUGAACGAGCAUCACACCUGCCCCAUGUGCAAACUCAACAUCCUGAAGGCCCUGGGGGUCACGACCUCCCUGCCCUGCGUGGACUCGGUUCUGCUGGACGUGGAGCGUCUGGGCGUCGCUCCGUCGGCCAAUCAGAGGACGACGCUGAGGGACGACCAGCCGUCAAUCAGCCUGGAGCCGCUCGGCCCCGCCCACACAGAGGCCCCGCCCCCUGCUGACAUCACCAUCGCCCUGACCAGUCGCAGCAGCUUCUUCCGAACGUCCUCGUCUCCCCGGAGCGUCUCCGGAGAGGUGGAGCUCCCGGACCUGCAGGCGUCGCUGGAGCUCUACGACGACAACAAGUCCUGAAGCCCGUCGCCGUGGUUACCGCCGUUACCCUGGUUACCGUGGUGACCCUGGUUACCGUGGUUACCGCCGUGGUUACCCUGGUUACCGUGGUGACCCUGGUUACCGUGGUUACCGCCGCGGUUACCCUGGUUACCGUGGUUACCGUCGUCAACCCUCAUCACCACGGAUGGAACUGAUGGAUUCGGGUCUUCAGGUCCCUGGUGGUUCCUGGGACUGAACAGAACCUGGUCCAGAACCUGGUUCCUCACAAAAACUGAAACUACGCCAGAGAACUCGUAUCCAGAACCGUUUCCAGUCCAGGAACCAGAACCAGAACCGUUUCCAGUCCAGGAACCAGAACCAGAACCGUUUCCAGUCCAGGAACCAGAACCUGGUGUAGAAACUGUUGAGGUUCCUGAACGUGAUGUGGUUCCUGCAGUUCUAGAAGGUUCCUGGUUCCUGACAACUUCCCCCGUUCCUCUGUUCUCCCUUACGCCCUUACUCCGGUCCUCUC